AGUCACUGUCAUUCUACUUCAAUACCACCGUGACUCCAAGCAAGACAGAGGAUGACUGCUCUUAGGCGAAUCCAUAAGGAGCUCCAAGAUAUCACAAACAGGCCCCUUGAUGGAAUAACAGUCGAGCCAGAAGCGGAUAACUUGCUCGUUUGGAAGUGUUCAGUGAAAGGCUCCUCAGAUAGCCCAUAUAGAAACGGAAUAUUUCACUUCAAGAUCGAGCUCCCGAUGAAUUUUCCAUUCAAGGCGCCGAGUGUCACGUUUUUAACUAAGAUUUACCAUCCCGGCAUCAACGAGGAGGGCCAUAUUUGCGUUCCUAUUCUUCGCGAUGAGUGGAAGCCGUCAGUGACGUUAUCAACAGUGCUGGCGGUUAUUCAAGAGAAAGUAAACAAUCCAAGCCCGGACGAUCCCUUCGAGCCUGAAAUCGCUGCAUUGUUGAAGAACGACAAACCAAAGUUCUUAGCGACAGCCAGGGAGUUCACGAAGAAGCACGCAAUGUAGGCUCGGGUGUAGCAAACCGCUUACUGCGGCAGCCCUUCACUUUACAUCCUUGUGUAAUGGGACUGGGACUCCGGAAGAUAAAGGGGUCGUCGUAAAUGAAUUUCGGUAUCUUGCGGGUGUCACUGACCUGAAGCCCCGCGUGUGUAUUAUUUACAUACUUGAAGCUAGUUCGUGUGAGGCGAAGGGAGUUAGAUCUGUGUUCAUGAGGCCUGGAACGAAGACACGCUGGCGAGGAGAUAUUGGUCAGGAUUGAGGGCUUGGCACGCAGGGUGUUGCGACCUCAGUCGUUGCCAUCAAUGUGGAGGACAUCC